AUGGGCCAGGAUUAUUACUCUGUGCUCCAGAUCACUCGCAAUUCAGAGGAUGCCCAGAUCAAAAAGGCGUACCGGAAACUCGCCCUUAAAAACCACCCGUUGACGUCAAACGAGCCAUCUGCAGCAGAGACGUUCAGGCAAAUAGCAGAGGCCUAUGAUGUGCUGAGUGACCCUGUGAAGAGAGGCAUCUAUGACAGGUUUGGAGAGGAGGGCCUGAAAGGUGGAAUUCCUCUGGAGUUUGGAUCCCAGACCCCAUGGACAACUGGUUACGUCUUCCAUGGCAACCCUGAAAAGGUUUUCCAUGAGUUCUUUGGAGGAGACAACCCAUUCAGUGAGUUUUUUGAUGCAGAAGGAAGUGAGGUGGAUUUGAACUUUGGGGGCCUCCGGGGCCGAGGUGUCAAAAAGCAGGACCCUCCAAUUGAACGGGACCUCUACCUGUCUCUGGAGGAUUUAUUCUUUGGCUGCACCAAAAAAAUUAAGAUCUCCCGAAGGGUGCUGAACGAGGACGGGUACUCUUCUACCAUCAAGGACAAGAUCCUGACAAUUGAUGUGAAGCCUGGUUGGAGGCAGGGCACACGUAUCACCUUUGAGAAAGAAGGGGACCAGGGCCCCAACAUCAUCCCAGCUGACAUUAUCUUCAUUGUGAAAGAGAAGCUACACCCUCGCUUCCGCAGGGAGAACAAUGACCUCUUCUUUGUGAACCCUAUCCCUUUGGGCAAGGCUCUCACCUGCUGCACUGUGGAGGUGAAGACCCUAGAUGACCGUCUGCUCAACAUCCCCAUCAAUGACAUUGUCCAUCCCAAGUACUUCAAGAAGGUGCCAGGUGAGGGGAUGCCAUUGCCUGAGGACCCCACCCAGAAGGGGGACCUCUUCAUCUGUUUUGACAUCCAGUUCCCUACCCGCCUCACACCGCAGAAGAAGCAGAUGCUGCGCCAGGCAUUGCUGACAUAA